CAGCACCUAGAGCGGCGGCAGCGUCCCGCAGAUCAGCCACUGCUGGGUCCGACUCGGCGACAACGGCGAUUUGGGGGGUUGUUUUGAUUAAGGUUCAAGGAUUUUUUUUUUUCUCCAUCUUUUUAUUCCCGUAUUGUUGCGUUGAAAUCCAGGAUGUUUGAUGCGCUUUCUAAUCGGCGUUCAACCCUUGACUGUUCUGCAAGUCACCGACGGAGAAAUAAACUUGGGAAUAACCGAUCUUAAAGCUGAGAGGAGCAAGUUUUCCAACUGCCGUAGUAGUCAACAGGCUGACCUAUGCUAAGCUAACCCACUAGCCAAAAGUCUGGAAUUUCUUGUUAAAAGUCCACAAGCGAACAAGCGAACUUUAAGUUUCGGGACUCGGUGACUAGAUGACGUUUACUGGCAACUUUGACAGAGAAACCAGCCCCUCGCAGUCUCACUUUAUAUUGGUCCGAGUGGCCGGUGCAGGUGCACCUCUUGCGGCACCUGCGAAAACAGUAACUUAGCUCUAUCGGUAGACGGUAGCUAACUUUAGCUCGUUCAUGUUAGCAUGAAGCAAAAGCAGAGACUAUGCCGUUGAAUAAAUUUUCUCUCGUAGAGGAGAUUUUUUUGAGAUUUAAGUCUUCAGUUGCUAAGUCCCAAUGUUGUAUUUCUAUUUAGCCGUCAGCCCAUAAAGUGGUGACAUUAGCUAAAAAGUAUUUCGGCUAAACUUAGCCAGCAACCCCGCUAGCUAGUUAUUGACCCUCACACUUUUACCGGAGUGGCGACGUGGAUACAGGGUUGUGAACGUUCUCUCUCACAGGACUUUGGACACAGUGUGACCCUGCCGUGGGUUGCGCUGGGACUUCCCCUCUGUUCUCAUCAGCUAGCCUCGUAAAUGUGACAGCAUGAGGAUUUCAAAAAGUUACCUCUUACCAUUUUAAAGUUUUCAUUUUGUUCUAAAAGCUCUGCACCCUAUGGUGCCGCUACGGCCACCGAGAAAUGGAUGUCUCGCAGGCCGCUUUCCCAAACGGUGAAGGGCGGCCGGGAGGCGGUGGGACCGGGGAGCAUGCCUGGACAGAUUCACCCACAGUUCGGGCGUGGGCUCACUCUGCCCCGCUCUGCACGACUCGGUCCCUGUGGACAGCCGCGUACGACUACGAGGCAAGCGGCGAGGACGAGCUCAGCCUCCGGCGAGGGGACGUGGUGGAGGUCCUGUCCAAGGACGCAGCGAUCUCCGGGGAUGAAGGAUGGUGGACAGCACCCCAACAUUAUUAAACUGGAAGGAGUGUGUUUGGAGGAGCCCAACCUGUGCCUGGUUAUGGAGUAUGCCCGAGGCGGGACACUGAACCGGGUGUUGACCGGAAGGCGAAUCCCUCCACACAUCCUGGUCAACUGGGCCGUGCAGAUUGCACGCGGGAUGCAUUACCUACACGAGGAAGCCGUGGUACCCAUUAUCCAUCGUGACCUGAAAUCUAGCAACAUUUUAUUACUUGAAAAGAUUGAGAACGACGACAUCGGGAGGAAGACCUUGAAGAUCACAGACUUUGGCCUCGCCAGGGAGUGGCACAAAACCACAAAAAUGUCAGCGGCAGGUACCUACUCCUGGAUGGCCCCCGAGGUCAUCAAGUCAUCUCUCUUCUCCAAAGGCAGUGACGUCUGGAGCUAUGGUGUCUUACUGUGGGAGCUGUUAACAGGGGAGGUGCCAUACCGAGGUAUAGACGGCCUGGCUGUCGCUUACGGUGUGGCAGUCAAUAAGUUAACUCUACCAAUCCCCUCCACUUGCCCUGAACCCUUCGCCAAGCUCAUGGAAGAGUGUUGGGACCAGGACCCCCAUGUGCGCCCCUCCUUCUCCUGCAUCCUGGAGCAGCUGUCAGCCAUCGAGGAGGCAGUGAUGGCGACCAUGCCCCAGGACUCCUUUCACAGCAUGCAGGACGACUGGCGUGUGGAGAUCCAGGAGAUGUUUGAUGAGCUCAGGACCAAAGAGAAGGAGCUACGUUCCCGGGAAGAGGAGCUGACGCGGGCCGCCCUCCAGCAGAAGUCCCAGGAGGAGCUCUUGAAGCGCCGGGAACAGCAGCUGGCAGAGCGGGAGAUCAAUGUGCUGGAGAGAGAGCUCAACAUCCUCAUUUUCCAGCUCAACAAAGACAAGCCCAAUGUGAAAAAGAGGAAGGGCAAAUUCAAACGUUCCCGCCUUAAACUGAAGGAUGGAAACCGCAUCAGCCUGCCCUCAGACUUCCAGCAUAAGAUCACCGUGCAGGCGUCGCCAUCAAUGGACAAGAGGCGGAGCCUUCAUAGCACCAGCUCCUCUCCUCCCAGCAGUCCCACACUCAUCCCUCGGCUACGAGCCAUUCAGCUUACUCAAGAUGAGAGCAACCGUACAUGGGGCCGCAGCACCCUCUUCAGGCCAGAGGAGUUCGAUGACGUGAAAAAGGGAAUCAAGAAGAAAGGAAGAACCUGGGGCCCCAGUUCUGUACAGAGCAAAGAAAGGCCUGCUGCUGCUGAGAGAGUGCGUCCUCUGUCAGACGGCAGUAACCCCUGGUCCACCAGCCUUGUGAAGUCCCAGAAGUCUGUCCCUCUCGCUGCCCUGUUUGCAGAACAAGCAGGGGCUGAAAAAGACGAGGCAUUCGUCCAGGAAUGUCCUGACAGCAGCUCCAAACCAAAGCAGCUCAAGUUCCCCAACCAGGUGUAUAUCGAUCUACCUCUGUGGAGGGACGAGCAGCAGCCUCAGAGCCCCAGCGGGCAUUGUGGGCCGGGAGAUUCCGGGGUCGGGGCAGCAGGUCAGGGUGGCCCACCAGAGACCCCAGACGACCCCUACACCACCACAUCCACCUCAUCCACUUCCACCACACCACAGCUCACCCCCACCAACAGCCUGAAACGAUCGUCAGCUCGCCGCAAGACUGACUCUGUGCUGUAUGGCUGCGGCUCGUUGCUGGCUUCAGUUGUGCUUGGCUAUGACAUCAGAGAGGCUCUCAAAAACUCAGCCCCUGGUGAAGAUUGCGAGCCCCAGCGCGAGGAGAAAGAGAAAAAGAAGAAGGAGGGCCUGUUUCAGCGUGCAACCCGGUUCCGACGCAGCACCUCGCCGCCAAGUGGUCGCUCCCGCAAAGACGAGGCCUCGUCAAACCACACCUCCACCCAACCUGUCAAUCUCAUCUCCAUGUCGGCCAUUAUGGAAUGCAACUCCACCAAGUGUCUCUUACAGUCUGAGGCGGAGGUGUCCAAGUCAAGCCCUGGAAAAGUUGAGCUUGUGGCUGUCAAUCAUCACACGGAGCCAUCCAGACCCGGCCCAGGAGCACCCACAGAAGGCCAGAGUAACAGGACUGCAGCUAAAACACAGACACCAGUGCAAACCCAAAGCCAGCCACUAGAGCAGACCAACCAUAAUACAGGAACACGACUACGCAGAAAGAAAUACACUACCAACCACAAUACCAAUGGCCCACCCACUCUUCCUCCUCCAGCCGCACAGAGGAAGCAGGAGAAAGAGAAGGAUGGAGCGCCAGAGAAGCCCACUGGCGGGGAGGCCUCCUCCAGACCGCGGCCAGUGUCGUUCCGGGCCAAACCCCAUGCCUGGGCCCUGCUGCGAGGACGCAACAAGAGCUACUCCCUGGGCCACUACUCUGGAGAGAAGACAGCACAAAACCUGAACAUGGUGCUGUCUUCUGAGGUGGGGGUGGGCUGCUCCCUGCUGGACAUGGACACAGAGGGCCAGAAACGAGACUGCACUGUGCCGCUCUGCCGCAUUCAGAGUUCCCCGGCACGGCCCUCCGUCUUCGAGCUGGAGAAGGAGUUCCUCUCUUAGUAGCCUUGAGAAGUGAUCUGCUGUGGUCAUAGUUCAUCCCAUGCAAUCUAGAGCUUUCCAGAACAUACAGAAUUUUUGGCCUAGAACUCCUGGAGGGUUUAGAACCAGGCUGCCUUUUUAAAAAGUUCUAUAACAUAGAACCCAGCUUUGUCUUAAUUCUAGAACAUAGUGAUGCCAAUGUUCUAGAGCAUAACCAAGUCUGAGACGUCUAGGACAUCCGUGUCACAGGGGUUCUAGAAUGCGCACCCUUAUCUCAGUUUGAGAACGGUCUUUCUGUGUGUGAGGCCUUACACACUGCUGUGUCUCAUUUUAGAACAAACAUACUCAUAGUUCUGAAACCUGACCAGAACUUUGCAGAGCUGGAUCAGCAGUUCUUCCUCUGAUCCCCUGGUGCUCGACUGCCACCUUUGUUUUGCUCAUCUCUCUCUCUCUGUCUCUCUGUCUCUCUGUCUCUCUCUCUCUCCCUCUCUCCCCCUGUCACCCUCUUCCUUUCUCAUUCUGUCGGUGCAGCUAAACGUUGACCGCUGCUGCAGCUUUCGCAACACAAUACCCUCACCUUUUUAUUUAUAUAUAUAUUUUUAUAGGUAAUUUAAUAUGAAAAGACUUGACCUUACCUUAGCAACCAGCAGGACAUACAUUCCAUGUCAGUUUCAAAGUUGUGUGAUCACGCUUUUAGAUUUUUUGACUUGAGAAUCAUGCAUGCACGUACCCUUAAAAUGUUGAACAAAAAAAAAAAAAUCAUUAUGCCUUGUUUGUAAAUAUUUCUUUUUAUCCAUCAUCAGCCUAAUGCUGGCAGUUGUUUUGUAUUACAUAUAUGCUGUUUUAUGACUGUUUUAAGAGUCAGCGAUCCUGCAGUACAGUUUGUGCUCUAGGGACAGGCUACAUACUGGAUCGUAGCAGGGAUGCAAGUAUGUUUCCUCCUAGAAUGCCCUGAAGAUUUUAGAGAUCGAGGUAGAAAAACACUGGAAGUCUUACAAAACAGACUUGGAAUCUUUUCGCUUAAAAGUUGGAUUAAGAUUUACAUGACUGUUGUGGUCAUGUUUUGCUAAUAUGGAUUUUUUCUAAGAGUAUUUAUAGAAAGGUUUCUUUGGUUAAUAUUUUUGUAUACUCAGCACACUGCAGCAGAGUGGAGGGUGGGGGGACUUCAGCCAUGAAUGUUCAUGUCAGGAAAACCUACCCCAAAUACUGAAUUUAUAAUCUAAUCCCCUCGAUGGCAGCUGAUUCGCUGGACCUGUUAUGGCACAGGAUGAUAUCACGUUUAGGUUGUGACAGAUUACCACAUAGCCCGGGAGCGGCCACACGGGAGAACUUUUAUUUUAAGACACUGUUGGAAACAUUGAGUGCACAAAAUGGCAAUACCUGUACUGUAAACCAGACUGACCCUGUGCCUUCAAGUACUAAAGAUUGUCAUUAUGUCUAAUUCAUGUCCUAAUUUUAUUAUGUGCACACUAUUUUGUAAUUUAUGCA